AUGGGAGCUUUUUAUGUCAUUGUCCUCGGACUUAUGGCCAUAUCGUGCCAAAAUUUAGGGGGGAACUCUAAAAUAACUUGUGCCGACUGCAGUAAAGAUAUGACAUAUGGAGACCCUCUCCCCAAAGAAUGUUUCAUGGAAUCGCCUACCAAAACAUGCCAACUAUCUUGCCAGUUGAAGUUGACGAUAAUCGUUGAAAAUUUGAAGGGUGGAAUGGUGAAGUUGAACAGAGGUUGCACACAUGACCUCGAUAUUAGGACAUGGAUCCAAUAUGUUAAAGAUUCGGAAGUUGUGGGUCUCAUGGUUGGUGACACUGACAAAAGUAACUGUGGCCCUGCCCGAGAAAUAUUUCAAGGUAAGAAAAUAGAGGGCAGAGGAUUUGGAGGGGAGUUCGGGAAGACUCUUAUUCCCAGUUGA